GCAAAGUUAUGUUAACUAUAUAUAAACUGUGAAUAAUAAUGAACCAAAAUCACAGCUCACCUGUUACAAUUUGCACUUUGGAAGAACGUGCUACACAAACGUGUUGUUCAAGCCGGAAAAUUUGCCAUUUCAAAUUACUCAUAAAUUUGCAUGCAUGUAUACAGUAUCGCUGCAUGCAAAUUGGGUUUAACUUUGUGUGAGAGUGAUCUGAAAUAUCGGACAGUUAGAUCUUUUUGCACCUUUAAGGAAAAAGUUUGGAUAAAAUAAGUUUUCAGAAAUUUGGACAAAUUUUAUAAUUAGUCGUACAAAUUUAAAAUGGGAGAUGAAGACGUAUAUAAAGAAUUUGUGUCAACGCUCAUUCCCCUGUCGGAAACGGUGCGAUGGAAAAUUCACAAUGUUUCCGAGCUGGUAAAGCAUUCCGCCUUUUCCGCGAUCAGCAUCCCGUUCGAGGUUGGCGUGGGGCCGACGGGGUUAUCGAAAUGGGAGAUAAGCCUCGUUUCCCACGUGGCGUCGGGGAUGUUGCAGGCGAGGGCGAGACUGACCGGGCUGGUGGGUCAUGCGCAGUCCAGUGUGACGCACCAUGUCACAAUCUGGCUUCGGAGGAACGGUUCCUUGUCGCAAGUGCGAUACGAAAAAGACUUUCUCCGCUGCAAGGAGACCUCACUUCCGGGGGAGCCCACGAUCUGGGAGGUCAUUCCCCUCGAGGACUUGCAGGACGAGGCGAGCGGAAUCCUCGACGUGGACGCCGACUGUUUCGACCUCGUCGUCAAGUUGACCGUGUUUGGCCAGGAUGUCUCACAAGUUUAAAUAGUUAUCGAUAAUUUCUCCAUAAUUUUAGAACGUUUGGGAAUUUUGACAUGUUUUUUUUACAUCAUUUUCAGUCCGUAUUUUCCCUAAUUUUGUAAUAUUCUCAAUCAUUUUCAUCAUGAAAAGCUUUUCUAAAUAAAAACUACCUUCAAAAUACUGUACAAAAAUAUGUAGUUGAUUAAUAAAUAUCAGAAUCUUGCCGGAAAUUUAAAAUCAAUAAAAGUCAGUUCGUGUUAAAGAUAAA